CUCUAGAAAGAUAUUUCAUUUCACUCCUAUUUCACCUAUGGCAGGAGGUAGUACUUUACGUAACUCCAACUCUGCUGUUACUGCUAGUCAGCGGCCUGUAGUAGCCUGCGACCUUGAUGAGGUCCUUGGCCAAUACCUGGCCACUUACUCAAAGUGGCACAAUAGAGUUUAUGGCACACACUUGAAGGUCUCCGACUUCUUCACGUAUCGUUUCUGGGAAGUUCAGGGAGGUACAGCGAAGGAGGCUAUGGAGAAGUGCUACCUCUUUCACGAGUCUCCUGAGUUCAAGGCCGGCAUUCCUCUCGUUCCCGGUGCUCAGGAGUACAUAAGGAAAAUCGGAAAAUUCGCUGAUGUUCAUAUAGUUACUUCCCGGCAAGAUCAAAUUCGACAAGACACUUACGACUGGAUUUUCAAGAACUUUGGUAUCCCCUCCAGCAGGGUCCAUCUAGGUAAUCACUUCGGCCUGUCUGGCAAGCAGAUCUCCAAGGCAGACAUGUGCAAAGAUAUUGGUGCUAGCUUACUGAUCGAUGAUAACCCAACGUAUAUCAAUGACGCUGUUAGUCACGGCUUCGGUGGAAUCCUAUUCGACUACAAUCAUGAGUACGGUUGGAGUCAUGAUCCAGAGUCACCCAUUCCUAAAGAAGCAGUGGUGGCCACGAACUGGGAAGAGGUGUAUGAUUACGUUAGAAGGAUGGUGCCUCUAGCGGUCACUGUAUCCUCUUCCACCUCUACUGCUCCUGCUAAACAGAAUAACAGCAGUGAUGAACUGGAUGGAAUCAGAGUACGUGCGUAAGUCACUGUGAACAUGUGUGAGCACCCUGGGAGGUUUCUCAUAGCUUACUGUUCAUUUCCUUUCUCUGUUGAUAUCACUAAAGUCGGCAACAUCAUCAGUCUACUGCUGCCGGUGUUGUCGCUAUCUUGUAGCUUCACCGUUACUAUUUAUAGUUCCUCUC